AUGGUUCGAACAUACACAUGGAAUCCUUCAACUCAGUCCAGUUUACAAAUCAUUGGUAAUUUUAAUAAUGGAGACGAAAAAAAGACAGUAACCAGUUUGCUUCCAACUUCAUCGACAAAUUUAUAUUCUACUCAGUGCUUUUCAAAUACUUCCAUUUAUAAGCCAAAUUGUAAAAAUGGCCAGAUAACAAAUAUAUCUACCACUGUUCCCAAAGAUGGUACACAAAAUGAUACAACAGGUAGUUCUUCGGAAGUUUUUUCUGCUGGCAAUAAUUAUAUUCAAUGCCCACUGCACAUGCUACACUCUCAAACAGCUUCAUUAUGGCAACCUCGUCAUCAAUCUUUUCCAAUCUAUUAUCCUAUUUUGCCUGAUUUUCCGGCCAACCCUUACCACUGGAGAUCUCAUCUCUUUCCAUCUCAAAUAACGGCACCAAUUGUGCUUGAGCAAACAACAAACUUUAGGCCUGCAAAUCCAUGGUAUCUCAGGCCUAUCCAAAUUGGCAGUAAAGUUUAUUAUGAACCGGUGAACAGCAGUUCUGCACCUUGUAACAGCCCAACAUCAAUUGUACCCCAUACGGUCGCAUCCGCCAAUUUGGUAUCCAUACCAAACAAUGCUCGGUUUCAAAAUGCCAGCUUAUCUUACUUACCAGGUACUACUACUAUCCCAAUGUCUGUUGACAAAAUCAAUAAACAGAAUAAAUUCUUGCAUUCGGAAGCAGCUGGUAUUAAUCAUUCGACGACUUCUAGUAAUAAUGGUUCAUUAAAUCUACCGUGGACUUUUGGUACUCCUCAACUAAACAGUGGAAUUUGCGGAAUCCCUUCUUGUCAGACACCUCUCUUGGUAACAAAAGAAAGCCUUAUCUUUGAUAGGGAGGCAAACGAAAGCUCAACUGUUUCUGCUUUUCGAAAUACACAGUGCCAAGCUUCUCCUAGUCAUCAAUUACAUGGCAGUUUGUAUCAGCAUUCUUUAUCACAUACGAUAACACCCUCACAACAACAUCAGUGCUAUCGGAAAAUGACUGCUAUUGAUUCAACGGAACAAUAUAAACGUGACUUGCAAUUACAAAUUGAGCAAAAUCGGCAUCGUAAAGAGGAAGAACGGCAACGUGAACUUGAAAUAGAAAGAAAAGAGAUGAUAAAGUUUGAGGAGUAUCGACGAAAAGUACAGCAAGAGAUUGAAGAAGAAGAACGUAAGGAAAAAGAAAAAAUAUUAGCAGUACAGCGUAGAGCAGCUCGAAUGCGAGCCUUGCAGGAAGAGGCGGCAUUAAAGGUCCGUCGUGAAGCAAAGAAUCGUACUGGCCGUAAUGUUUGCCGCAGUGUCGAAGGCACAAAGACGGAAGAACGAACAUCUUCAACAGCAGAACCAAAUCACUUGGAAUGGUGGGAGAAAAAAAAAGAACAUGUGAAUAAUAAUGCAAAAAGACCAACUUAUUCACCGGUCAUUCCAACUCUUCGGAAGAAGGAUGGAAUUUCUGCUGAUCUUUCACGGAAUACAGCCUUUGAAAUAUCAGCGAAUAACAACAAAAGUGCAUCCAGCUGUGUCCCAUACGAUCGAUUUAACAAAUCGCAUUCAUCGUCAAGAUUAAGUCGACGCUCUUAUCAUUCAUCCCUGACUUCAGGACGGAACAGUAGCUUGGAUUUAGCACGACUUCAUCGGAAAAGCUCUCACACUCACCAACAAAAUGAGUCAUUAUUGAGUAAAAGUUUACGCAAAGAUAAUGAAAGCGAAGUCAAAUGUGAGGCACGAAGUUCACGUAUUUUAUGA